AUGAGCGCCUCGCAGCACGGCCAGUCUGACCUGGGGUUGGCGCCCAAUUCGUACAUCUACAGGGUCAUUUCCACAGCACCGCGGCAGGACCCGCUCACAUACGGUGGAACGGGCCAGCUCGCUGCAAUUGCAUCUGAUGACUCUCUUCGCUUCUUCGACCCCGCAACUCUAAAUGUGCUCCCCAACGGUAUCGUCAAGAAUGUAAACGAAAAAGUCACGUGUCUGGAGCGCGGCAACGACCAGCCAAGCAACCUGGUAACGACCGCAGGAAGAGAUGGCCUGAUUAAUCUUUGGGAUAAGAGAAGUCCGGGAAAGGCAGUUGCGCAGAUUCAAAGCCCACAGAAGCUUAUAUCAUCCCUCGUCUGCAACUCCGAGACGAGCUUCAUUGCCGCUGGUAUUGAGAAUCCCGAAGAUGGGCCGCGCGGCUCUCCAGUCUACAUCUGGGACCAGCGCAACCCACAAGCACCUGUCCGCGAAUACGUAGACUCGCACACAGACACCGUCACCGACUUACAGAUUCAUCCCAGCCUCCCAAACCUACUCUUGUCCGCAAGCACAGAUGGUCUGAUCAACGUCUUCGACUUCACUCAAGCUGAUGAGGAUGACGCGCUAUAUCAGGUUGUCAACCAUCGCUCUGCCAUUGCGCGCGCAGGUUUCAUGUUUCCGACAACUGACAUUUAUGCCAUGGGCACGGACGAGACGCUAAGCUUCUACGCCCUGCAGAGCCAGGAUGAAGAGAAAGAGGAACCAAAGCCGAAAGCCUACGGUGAUACAAGGGAGCAGCUAGGGUGUGAGUACUUAGCUAAGAUGCACUGGGUUGGCGACAAAGCGUAUCUUGCCACCGGGAAGCACAGCUCUAGUGACCUCACCCUGUACUUUGUGCACAAGAACGCGCAAGGUGGCCCCCUCGACUACAUUUGCAACCCGCAACAACCGAUCCGGUUUCAAGGCGCGCAUGGUGAGGAAAUUGUACGGGAUCUGUUCACCGACGUUUCCACGCUUACAACAUACACUUGCGGAGAAGAUGGCUUUGUACGUUCGUGGAAGAUGCCAAGCGGUAGUACCAUGGAAGUCGAUGAAGAGGCCGCAGAACCAAAAUCAAAAUCAAAGGAUAGGAAAGAGAAGCGGAAGGACAAAAAGAAGGACAAGCGGAAGGGGGAAGAGGGGAGAAGCGCAUUCAAUCAGGGAGUCGCCAAAGGAACCCGCCUCCUAAACCUCUUCACCACUCAUGACGCCGAGCAAAGUAUCUUCACAGCGCACUCAGAUCUUGGAAGAUACGGAUAUACGGAGACCACUCAGUAUGGCAAGUUCGCAUUCGAGCCGCUGCGCGCGUGUCUGCAAGGCCUGGGGGUGGACGACAAAACGAGCGACAAUGGAGGGAGGAACGUCCGAGUUUAUCAUGAACAUAGCCAGGAUACUCUCGUGAAACAAAUCGCCUAUCCUUUCUCGUCAGCGUACUUCUCACAGAUAGUGAACCACGAAGACGGCGUGCUGAUCGCGUAUUCGAACACCACGGCUCAGUAUAUGCUGGAAGAUAAUAGCGAGGCGAGAUGGCCGCCGCUGUACCAUUGGUCCGACGUCGCUUUUUUGCAGUUUCUCGGCGCAUCCACGAUUACUCCUGCCUCGCCUAUGAAGUUGAACUACAUCAUCCAGCACGCCAUCCAGAACUUAACUACCUUAGCCAUGCUUGAAGAUGUCCUAGCUUUGCAGAUUCUCGGCUUCCAACGUGCCUGGCCCGAAACGCUGCCUACCUGGCCCGGGAUCGACAUCGGCAUGGAUACGGACGAGGGAAAAGCGAUCCUUAGUACGCCGAACGGAUGCGGUACAGCGUGGCUGUUGGCCCAGCACAAAGUGCAGUUCGGGCUGAAAACUGUAGAGAAGGUUACUGUUUUCGCUGAAUCCAAGGGAGACCAUUACCGGGGACCGAGCCUGGUAUUUUGGCUUAAGGAUCUAUCUCCGGAAGGAGGAGAGAAAGAGAACGUUAUUAUUCCUGACAAAAUCGUGGCCUUAGAGGCUCUUACUACGGAUGAUAUCGUUUCAGAGGCGUCCAAGGAUCCUGUCAUGCCCCCGAUCCGUAGAAGAGGUAGUCAAUGUGACACUUCGGAAUCCGAUCCGAAUGUAUACACCCCGCCGGACUCAGACUACGACGGGUGGUAG